AUGUUCACUUUGAUUUUUCUCUUCUUGUACCUGAACAAUUUUCAUCCAGUGCUCAGUUUCAUUCAUCCUAUGUGCUACUGGAGAAUAAAGGAUAACGAAGGGAAGGAAGGAAACACGGACACAGGUUGUUUUUUCGCCCUUUCAGUUGUACCAAAGGGGAAAGAAUAUUUCAAACACUUUUUAAAUGUACAAAAAUCAUCUGAACACCAUAAAUAUGCACUGGCCUUAGCUUUUGCCGUGGAUGAAGUCAACGAUAAUCCUGAUCUUUUACCAAAUAAAUCUUUACUAUUUGACUUCCAAUUCCAUGAUUGUCUGACUGAGGAAAAAUUGUACGAUCUCAUUCAAUUAACAGAAAAAACCAAUGACGAUAUAGCCCCUAAUUAUAUCUGUAGUAAAGGGACCACAUGUGGAGUGCUGCUUUCAGGACCAUACUGGUCAACCUCUUCCAUAAUUUAUAAAUAUCUGAACAUGUACUAUUAUCACAAGGUAGUCCAUAUUACAUAUGGACAGUUCCAACCAUUCCUGAAUGAUCACGAACAAUUUCCAAAUCUGUAUCAGAUGGCCCCCAAUGACACAUCUCUAGCUGUUGCCAUGGUUUCUCUCAUACUUCACUUCAGCUGGAACUGGAUUGGGCUGGCCAUCUCAGACAAUGAUCAGAGUAUACAAUUUCUCUCAUAUUUGAGAAGAGAGAUGGAAAAGAAUACAGUCUGCUUUGCCUUUGUGAAUAUGAUUCCAACCAACAUGCAUUUAUACAAGUCAAGAGCUGAAGUGUAUUAUAAUCAAAUCAUGACAUCAUCCACAAACGUUGUUAUCAUUUUUGGUGACACAGACGGUUCUCUAGUUGUAAGCAUUAUAAUGUGGGAAUCUCGAGGUAUACAGAAAAUAUGGGUCACUACCUCACAGUGGGAUGUGACUACAAGUAAGAAAGACUUCAGACUUGACAAACCUCAUGGGACUCUAGCUUUUGCAAAUUACCGUGGUGAGAUUUCUGGUUUUAAAACUUUUGUUCAGACAUUGAACCCUCUCCAAUACUCAGAUGAAGUCUUGGCGAGUCUGGAGUGGAUGAACUUUAACUGCGAAGUCGCAGCUUCCAAAUGUGAGACACUGAAGACCUGCUCAUCCAACACCUCAUUGGAAUGGCUAUUGGAAGGGACUUUUGACAUGGCCUUUAGUGAUGGCAGUUAUGACAUAUACAAUGCAGUGUAUACUGUGGCUCAUGCCUUUCAUGAGAUGUUUCUUCAGUCAAGGGACAACAGUAAAGGGCCUGGUUCUAACUGCUUGAAGAAAACCCACCUCAGUAGCAAUGCUGGGAAGAGGGUGAAUAUGAACCAGAAAGAAAAUCUGCAGCCAGACUAUGACAUUUUCCAGAUCUGGAAUUUCCCAAAUGGUCUUGGAUUUAAGGUGAAGAUAGGAAACUUUUUCUCACAUUUUCCACAUGGUCAACAGCUCUAUUUGUAUGAACACAUGCUAGAGUGGGCUACAGGAAAUAGACAGAUGCCACACUCUGUGUGCAGUGCUGACUGUGGUCCUGGAUUCAGAAAACUCCGGCAGGAGGGAAUGGCACCCUGCUGUUUUGAUUGCAGCCAAUGCCUGGAAAAUGAAGUUUCUAAUGAGACAAAUGUAUAUGAGUGUGUGAAGUGCCCAGAGGACAUGUAUGCCAAUGCAGAUCACAGCCAGUGUUUUCACAAAACUGUGACAUUUCUGAACUAUGAAGACCCCUUAGGAAUGACUCUGGCUUUAAUGUCCUUGUGCUUUUCUGCAUUCACAUCUGUACUUCUUGGGGUUUUUGUGAAACACCGUGACACUCCCAUUGUGAAGGCCAAUAACCGUAAUCUCAGCUACAUCUUGCUCAUCUCGCUCAUCUUUUGUUUCCUGUGUCCCUUGCUCUUUAUAGGCCAUCCCAAUGUAGUUACAUGCACCCUGCAGCAAAUCAGUUUUGGAGUUGUGUUCACUGUGGCUGUUUCCACUGUGUUGGCCAAAACAGUUACGGUGCUUAUGGCUUUCAAAGUCAGAGCCCCUGGAAGAAGAAUGAGGUCCUUCCUGAUUUCAGAAGCACCCAACUAUAUCAUUGUCAUCUGUACCCUCUUCCAAAUUUUUCUAUGUUUAAUCUGGCUUGGAUUUUCUCCUCCUUCUAUUGUUACCGAUGUACACUCUGAAUAUGGCCAAAUCAUCAUUGUGUGUGACAAGGGCUCAGUUACUGCAUUCUACUGUGUCUUGGGAUACCAUGGCAUCCUUGCCUUAGGGAGCUUCACUGUGGCUUUCUUGGCAAGGAACCUCCCUGAUACAUUCAACGAAGCCAAGUUGCUGACCUUCAGUAUGCUGUUGUUCUGUAGUGUCUGGAUCACCUUCCUCCCUGUCUACCACAGCACCAAGGGCAAGGUAAUGGUGGCUGUGGAGGUCUUGUCUAUUUUGGCCUCCAGUGCAGGGUUGCUGGGAUGCAUCUUUGUUCCCAAGUGCUACAUAAUUUUGUUAAGACCUGAGAGAAAUUCUCUUCAGAAGUUAAAGGGGAAAACAUCUUUGUGA